CCAGAAUUCUUUCCUCGCUGGAGGAUGCUGUGUCGCAUGGACGGCUAAGACGGUCUCUACCUUGUCCCUUCACGCGCCGUCAUCUCUGCGACCCCGACGGCGAUUGCUGUCAACGAACGUGUCGCAAAUGAGCGCCCCGCCUCUUCGCAAUGACCCCCAGCAGCGCACCACCGAGCGGGCGUCGUACCAAGCUCCAACGAGGUCCAGCUUAGCAAGAUCUCACCCCGCCGUUCUGGGAAGCGCAACUGGCAGCCCCCCCGCGAGAAGUCCGCGGAAAGCGAACCAAGCUAGAAUGAGAGGGCUGGGAUUACGAGACCGAAAGGCCCUCAGACCGUCCUUGACUUCGGCCGGCAGCCCUCUGGACUCCUUCAAGCGAACCAAACAAUCGCCUGCAUCCUCCCUUUCCGGUCGACGCUCCAGCGGACUGGCAGCCUUUGCCGCACCCCCAAGGCGCGUCUCGACGAGGAUCACUGCCUCCGAUCUAGUAUUUCGCUCUCCCGCUGCGACUCAACAGACGAUAGAGGAAGCCCUGCCUACCGAUACCCCGGAAAACCAGCUGGCAUCUGAAUUGGACAGUGCGACAGGCGACGUGGAUUUGAAUCAGCCUUCUUUUCAGGACAUCCUGGAUGAGCCGGAUCUGCCACCAACACCGACCCAAUUAGGCUUGGAAAGACCCCCCGGACGACCAAAGGGGCUUCUGAGCAGCAGCCCCAACUCACAACAAGGGAAGUGGGGGAGGCGACGAAACACAGACGGUCUAGAGCAAAGCCCGUCCAAAUUACGAAGGGUUGAAUAUGGCGAAGGGGAAGAAUCGACAGAAGCAGGCCUUGUGUUGGAUCGGACGUCCUUGCCGGAGACCGUUUUGGAGAAGCAAAGGCUAAGGAACAAACUCGCCUCCGAGGCACAGCAGUUGGAAAAGGACAUAGCGGAAUUGGAGACGUGGUCGAAGGAUCUGGGCCAAGAUGACACCCACGAGCGCGACCUGACUGGAUUAAUUACUUUGCUAGCGACCAUCAACCCUCCCCAACCAGCCCCAGCGAGCUCGGGUGAAGCAUCAAUAUCCUCUCUUAUUUCCUCGUUACUCCCCUUUGCCACCAAGGAGCCGUCAAAGCCCCCACCCGAGGCUACUCCAGUAAAUCCAUUUGCGCUUGGAGAGCAAGCGCGAACGACGGCAUAUUUAACCGCCCUUGCGCCAUUGAAUCUGACUGCAUAUUCAGUGUCUGUACCCGAUUCAGCACCUAACCGUGUCCUGGAGAGACACUCCCUCAAGUUUUCCGCCCCACCUCCGUUCCCUUCCAUCCGUUACAAAGCAUCGGUGACCUGCGACGUCAACCCAGAAACACAAACCUUGGUCUCGGUAUCGGUAUCAUCACAAGCGGACGACGCCGAGUCAAGGAUACCAGAAGAUUUACGGCGAUGGGUGGACACCCGGCUUGCCAAUCCGCUGCUAAGGCUAGAUGUCACCGGACUGUGUUGGGGCAUCAACCGGUACUGGGAGGCCAUGGUAUCGCGUGCUGAGCUAUGGUCACGCAUAGAGGAACAACAUGCGGAACUGAUUGCCGGGCACACGAAAUGGAGCAGUGAGGCUAGAACCAAGAGGGCUGGCGACAGAAGCCCAAGGCUCGAAGACAGUGCAGAAUUACUGAGGACAUCACUGCCGCACAUCGAGCGGACGACUAUGCUUUUUGAAUCCGCAAGGGGUUCCCUGCAAGUACUCCUAUCAUGCCAAUUAGUCAUGGACGAGUGGACAAGUGAACCGCAGCUGGUAGCGGGGAUCAAUGUAUCAGUGUUGACUGAGUCAGAUGGCGGCUCCAGGCGCAAGGUGGAUCAAGAAUCCAGGCGGCUGUUUCAAUCCAUGCUAAAUGAGAACGAAAACAACCAAAUGGAGAGCAGCAGUGGCGUCCAUGCUGGCGCAAUUCUAAGAGCUACCGAGUGCGUUUUGGGUGCUUUGUUCAGCAUUGAUGCUGCGAAAUGAUCUCUACUCGGAUAUUCUGCUCAAGCGAUGGGUUAUUUGGAUUCAUGGAUUUCAACGGCGUUUCCGCGAUUGGAUGCAUGGAAGCAACAGGGGUGUCGACGUCGGCGUCGGCGGUUGGUUCAGCGGUCUUUUUCCCCUUCACGUUUCUGCUUGUUCUUCAUGUACUUUAUGUCCCCUUAGUAUGUCUUGCCUUGUCGGGCAGUGUUUGUUUUGGAUAUGGAUACUGAAGUCUGGAGGGUCGACAUCACAGUAAAUGUUUCCCUCGACAGAGAGACGCAGCAGUAGCGCACAUGUGCCUCAGGCGAUAUACCUAUGCCGCCAUUGGUUGCUCUCUGGAUAUACAUGCUUCCAUCGACAUGGAUGGAGAGGAAGUACUACGUAUAGGAUGGUGUGCAAG